AUGGGAAAGAAGAGACGUGGUCCAACUUUGGAAGAGCUUCUUGCUCAACCAUUCUGUUACUACUGCGAAAAGUCAUUCAUAGACAUGAAAGUGCUCAUUGGGCAUCAAAAAGCGAAGCAUUUCAAGUGUGAGCGAUGUGGGAGGAGACUCAACACAGCGGGAGGUUUGUCGGUCCACAUGAGUCAGGUACACAAGGAACAGCUAACGGCUGUCGACAACGCGCUCUCAAACCGGUCAAGCCUUGACGUCGAAAUCUUUGGCAUGGAAGGUAUUCCGGAAGAUGUUAUACAGUCCCACAACCAACGCGUCAUUGCCCAAUAUCAGCAAGAGGAGGCAGAGCGACAAGCCAUCACUGGCAACCCUCCUCCAGGCGCGUCGAGUUCCGGCGGACCACCGGCAAAGAAGCCGAAAACGGAAAACAUCUCGGAGUUGAAGAAGCGCUUGGCGGAGCACAAGGCUAAGAAGGCCGAAGCUCGAACUGGAGGAAGUAGCGGCGAAGCGACCCCGGUCGGCGCGGGCCUGACUCCGACUCCUACUUCAAACGUGGCUGGCUUUACGCAAUCUCCCGCGAACCCCGUCGCUCCGGCGCAAGCGGCGUUCUCUUAUCCUCAACCAUACGGAGGGGCUGCUUCCCCAUACCAAUCAACGGCAAGUCCUGUUUACCCAAGUUUUUCACCAGGUGGGCAGCCACAGUUCCCUCCGUCUACGCAAUACUCUACCCCCGUCGGAUACUCGCCACAACCUGUUCCAGGGUACGGAAACACACCACCGCAGUUGCACCAGCAACAGACUCUUCAGGCCAACCUUCCUCAGACGACCGCAUUCCCUCCCCGAACGGGAAGCCUACCAGCGGCACCAAGUCUACCACAGCGACCUGCAGUUGGUGCCCCCCAGGUCAACGCUUAUCAGCUACAACAAAUGCACAUGGGGCACCCUCUUCCCGAAGGAUCGGUUGUGCCUGGUGUAGCUAAUGGAGAAAGACCCGCAGCCACACCGUUUUCUUCUUCCAUCGACGACCUCAUUUCUGGCGCUGCCAAGGAAGCCGAUCAAGCAGCGGCCGCAAGUGCAGCACCCAAACCCGCGGAGACCGUGGAAGAGAAGCCGAGCAAGAAAGACAAGUCCAAGCAGUCGAGGCUGGUGUAUUCAGAUAAUGAGACCAGCCCGGAGGAGAAGAUGGCUAGAUUGCCAAGGUACGCAUUCGCUCCUGAUCGUCGGACGGAGACGACGCUUGAAGAGCUUCCUUCCUCAGCAGUCGUGGGAACAAUCCGCGAAUCGGAAACCAUUGUCGACCGAGCGCAAUAA